CAAAUCGUUUGUGUCAACGUAUCCAAAAAAUUGUUCUCCCCGUUGUAUUGUAUAUGUAAGCCGAAGACGAAUACUAGUUCAUUGAUUCGAGCUCUGCAGUUCGUCAGCUUGGUGUUCAAAGAGAUGCGAUAUGUGCUCGUUUGAUAUAAACAUUUUGUAUUAAUUGCUAAGCGUCGAUUGUGUGUAGGCCAUCAGCAUAAGGGUGUCAGCGAUAAUCUUAUCAAAACUAUUGUUUAUUCGUGCGAUUGCGAGAAAAAAGGCUUGAUUUUAAAUUUAUACGGCAAACACACACUGAGUUCCGCUUUAAAAUUGUUGGCACUCAUUCAUAAUGAUGAUACAAAGUGAGUAGUAAUCUGUGUAUUUUGGUUAGUUUUUCUGUGGUUUCGGGUCGUCUUUGUAAAUAGUACUGGAUAAUUGUUUCACACAUUCGGCACGUAAUCAAAGAGCAAAUGUAUAUAGGAACGCAACAAAGAAAAAUUAAGACUAAAAAAACGAGAAUAACAUUUUUCAAAUUGAGAACUCACCAAAACAUCACAUCGACCAAAAAAUCGAAUAGUUCCUAAAAAUUCUAUCACAAUAUUUUUGUGUGUUUAAACGCAUCGUUUGAUAUAAUAUUGAAUUUUUCAUUGGAUUUUUCGCUCGGACAACGCUUGCAAUGGCUGAAUCGACAACGACAACGACAACGAUACCAACAACAACAAAAACACCAAAAGAAAAUAAAAAUACGUUAAAAUAUGUUAGUUUAAUAACAUUAACACUUCAAAAUGCUAUCCUGACACUGAGUAUGCGGUAUGCACGGACGAGGGCUAGCAAAGAAGACCUGUUUUACAACACAACGGUCGUUGUUAUGUCUGAGCUAACAAAGCUGCUCACAUGUCUGGUGCUUGUGUUCUACGAAGAGGAUCAAAAUGCUGAGAAAUUUGGUAAAACGUUACGCAAAACGAUUAUCGAAAAUAAAAUCGACACACUGAAGGUGUGUGUGCCAUCAUUAUUGUAUGUGAUACAAAACAAUUUAAUAUUAAUAUCUGCCUCACACUUGGACGCUGCCACGUAUCAGGUCACGUAUCAAUUGAAAAUCUUAACGACGGCAAUAUUUGCCGUGAUUAUAUUACGGAAGAAACUACUCGUCACGCAAUGGGGAUCGUUAGUAUUUUUGAUUGCUGGCGUUGUUAUGGUGCAGAUGGCCGAUCAAAAGGAAACAAAAAUCCCACAUAAUCUAGAACAAAAUCGAUUGCUCGGUCUAGCCGCUGCUUUGGGUGCAUGUGUGUUGUCCGGUUUUGCGGGCAUUUUCUUUGAAAAGAUGUUGAAAGGUGCCGACAUUUCCGUUUGGAUGCGAAACGUACAAAUGAGCCUGCUGAGCAUUCCGCUUGGAUUCGGCGUGUGCAUGUGGCUUGAUUUUGAUAAAGUUAACGAACAUGGAUUUUUCCAUGGCUACGAUGCAUUCGUUAUGUACUUGGUGGCUCUGCAAGCCGGUGGCGGUUUACUCGUGGCAGUCGUUGUCAAAUAUGCAGAUAACAUUCUGAAGGGAUUCGCAACAUCACUCUCAAUCAUUGUCGCCUGUAUCGCCAGCAUCUAUCUAUUCGAUUUCAAAUUGUCCAUACAGUUUGCUAUCGGUGCUGGUCUCGUAAUCAGUGCCAUUUUCUUGUACGGAUAUGUGCCUAAACCAUCGAAAUCUAGUACAAGAGCAUCGAAUAGAAGCUUGGAUCAUAUUGACAUUGAAAAAGAACGUGAAAAAGAUAGCACUGUUGUUGAUAAGCUCGUCGAUAAAGUUUAAACACCACAUAUUGUAAAAGUUUAUAGUGCGGUAUUUCCGUUAAUUUAUGAGUCUUUUUUUCUACGAACAAGAUAAAAAUGACGUCUCAGGAGUCGAAACAACAACAAAAAAAAUCAAAAGAACAAUUUUGUGACUGAAACAUUAUUUCGUCUCCGCUUUUUUAUCUGAUAAAUUUUGAUAUUUAUAUUCAUAUUCGUUAACCUAAAAUUGUACACAUAGCAAUUCGUUGACAUUUUAAAUGUCCAUUUCAUUUUCAGUUUUAUCAUAAGUUGAAAUUUACAACAUUUCAAAGUAUAUAGUGAAAUAAGCUCAUAAACAUUUUUUGCCGGCAUUUUAUUCACGGCAUAUGUAAAUCUAAGGUGCUGAUUCUAAAAUAAAUUUUAUCGCAAUGAAUACACCAAAAACACCUUCUUUUUAAAACAGUAAAGAACCGUUUUUAUUCAGAACAAGAACAGACUUUUCGAAACAAUAUUCUUACUUUGGAAGCAAACAGAGAUGAAUGUUCUUUCUUAAUUUAGAUUAAAUCAAUUAAACCGAAUGUGAGUGCAAA